CUAAUACAAGUAAUUUGAGUAUGAAGCUUCUGAUAGACACAAAGAAUAAGAAAGUGCUGUUUGCAGAAGCCUCUAAAGAUGUGGUGGACUUCCUCUUCACCUUGCUUCAGUUGCCACUUGCUACCGUCAUCAAACUUUUAACCAAGCAAGCCGCCGUUGGUUCCUUGGGAAAUCUUUAUUCCAGCGUUGAAAAUCUCAACCAUGUUUACUGGCAACCAAACCUAUCUAAGGAUCUUAUCCUUAAUCCAACCAUUCUUAUCAAUGCACCUGCUAUCUCCGGCCUCCUCCCUUCAUCAGCUGCUAUAAACCACUCCGAGAUAACUCCAACGCUCUACAGGUGCGCGAGGAGUUCCGGUUAUAAUUGCAGUAGCAUCACUGUAACAAGUGCGUACAAUUCUAGGUGUGCCACGUGCGGUUGGCCUAUGACGAGGGAAGUGAAUUCCACGGCCACGGCGGCAUCUAAUGACAGCAAUAAUGGGUUUGUGAAAGAAGUAAUAACUUACAUGAUCAUGGAUAAUCUUCUCAUUCAGCCUAUGUCAACCAUAUCUGGCAUCACCAUGCUUAAUCAGUUCAAUGUCAAGGAUGUUGGUGUCUUGAAAGAAACCGUUGUUCAACUUGGCAUGGAAGAGGGCUUAAAGCUACUCAAGGCAUCCAUAGAGUCCGAGAUGGUUCUCACAACCGUUUUCUUAGCUUGAUGCAUUCGGAUCUUAAGCAUAUAAAUUAAUAUAUAG